UCCGACGGAGUUUAUCAUCCGAUAUCGAUCGGAAGCGGUGGAAGAAAGAGGGCCCAUAAUCGUCGUCGUCUGCUGUGACAUGUGAGAGUGUCCAUGGCGGGCAACAACAGCUUCGUCCCGCAGAGUUGCGCCAAAUCUCAUUCGGACUUUAUUCACCUAUCCUUGCCUGGUAGGGUGAGCUCCCAUGGGUCCCUGGGGAGGUCAAGUGAGUUGCUUUAGGGUUAGUGUAGUUUUCGUGGGCAGUUUUGAGGCUUUGGGGAAGUUUUAUGCGUCGUAAAACCCUUGCGUUUCGCUUGGCGGGAGCUGAUGUCGGGGCGUGAUCUGUUCGCCGCCGUUAUAUAUUUUUAUUUUGGUGGUGCUAUGGUUAGGGCAUGUGGUGGUGGUUCAUUGCGAGGGUUGAGGAAGUAUCAGGCUUGAGGUGCGUCGUGUCGGUUCAAUUAUUUGGCGGAGUGGUGGUGUUUUGUAUGCUGGAGCUAUGAGUGGGUGAGGUAGUGCCUGUGAAGAAACCGAUCUCGAUUCCCUCUUUAAUGCCAAGUAGAUAGUCCGCUGCAAUGGAGAUUUUGGCGAACAAUGGCCACGAGGUGGCUGAUAGAGUGGGGGACGUUGGUCUGUCGGGUGCUUGCGAAGUUGAGAAUGGGCUAAUGACAGCAACUACCAGCGCUCUCGCUGGUGAUAGGAUCGGGGAUCCCAACAGCUUGCACCUGGAGGAUGAAAGCGAGAUAGUAAGCACGAAAAAGAGGGCGUUUGAUGAAGGAUUGAAGGAGUUGCGUAGCCCGGCGAAAAAGCUUGCCGUUAGAGGAUCUUCAGACGUGGAAGUGAAUUCUGUACUAUUGAAUUCUUCUGUUGGAGAUGCAAUGCUGAUCGACACGGCUUGGGGAGAACCGGGAGGGGGGUGCAAAGUGUCGGACGGCCAGGCAGUACCGGGUUCACCCAGGACAAUUUCUGGUUCCAUCAGUGCUUGCACUAGCGUUCCCGCUCUGUCUGCGGAAACGGGUAUAAUCGUGGAUGGCGAUGCGUCGAGGGUUUGCGAAGCUGCUGAAGGGAAUUCGGAUUUGCAGAAUGUGGGGGUUAUCUCGGCUUCUGCGGACUCCAGUGUGGAUACGGUCAACUGUGACGGAGAGCUGGCUACGUCGAAUUCUGCGGAGUUGGAGUUGAAAGGCAUGGAUGCAAUGAACGGAAUCCUUGAUUCUCACUUGCCGACGCAAGUCGAAGACGACGUUGUGAAGGAGGAAUGCAUGGUGAUUUUGCAGAAUGGGCAUGUGGACAUGGGGAUAGAGGAACAUGUGAUUUCAAACGUGGCCGCAGAAGAAGGAAUAGAUGUUGUAAUGGAUGCGGAGGAGUUUGUGCCAGAUACGGCUGGGGAUGGUGGUGUGCUGCAGUCGAGUCCGAGCGGGGAUGGAUCCGGAAAGACCAAGGGUGGAGGUCAUGUUGUAGGUUGCUCAUCGACUGUGGCGGAUGAAGUGUGUGUAUCGGAGGCACGAACGACACCCGUGUCAGUGGGUUCGCAGAUUGCUCAAACGUGCAAUGGCCUAGGGGAGUCGGUCGUUGCCGAUGGUGCAGAUCAACGCGAGACUGCGGAUGAUGAAGGUGCGAACAACAACAGUGGGAUUAGUGAGGUGGAUGAGUUGCAGAUGGAGAAAGCAGACGCAUCGAAAGCUCUAGAAAUGAAGAUGGUUGAGGUUAUUAUGGAAGGCCUUGCAUUCGAAGUGGCAGGGAGUCGCAAUGACGCGACAUCGAACCCUUUGUCGGACGAUGGCUUGGAUGGGCGCGAACAGGACGGUAAUGGGGGGAAGGGCCUAACGAAUGGAACCGUUGAAGAGGAUAAGUGCACGGAGCUGUUUGAGCCCGUGGUUCUGCUGCCGGAACACAGUGGAGGAACCAACGGCUUUGUUGAGAGUGCGGUGGACAGUGAGGAUUUGAGCAGCGACCCAGCGAGAGAAGACAGUUUGGGUAACCAGGAACUUGGUGGCUCUGCUGGGGCGGCGGUGGCUUCCAGCAAGGAUCUGGAGUUUCCUCAGCAUUCAGGUAGUGAGAAACGGGGUGAUAGCAUGGAUAGGCAAGAUUCGGAUGUCGCGACGCCAUCGGCUGCGACAUCGGCACAGUCGCGGUCACCUGGGUUGAAGUCGCGAUUGAAAUUGAAAGGGCAAGGGGAUGUGAGCAUGAGACAAUCUCCAACAUUGAAUGGCGCGAGGGGCUUCGUGGUGAAGGAGGUUUUGUUGAAAGAGGCUCCGGCGUCUGCGAAACUUCUGCUCCAGUCUGGGUUGCUGGAUGGGCAUCACGUGCGAUAUAUGGGGCGUGGUGGGCAUAUCAUGCUGACGGGUAUCAUACAAGAAGGGGGAGUACUUUGCGACUGCAGCAGCUGCAAAGGCGUGCAGGUCGUGAACGUGUCUGCAUUCGAGAAGCAUGCUGGCAGUUCAGCACGGCACCCCAGCGACUUCAUCUUUCUUGAGAACGGAAAAUGUUUGAAGGACAUACUGGAGAUCGGGUGGAAUGCAAACAAGCAGAAGAUGAACAUAAUGGAUGUGCUGAAGUCUGCCAUUGGUGAAGUUGGAGGUGUGAAAGUGCAAAUCAGUAGUCUGGAGCACCCUUUAAUAGCGAUCCAACCUGCGUUGAAGAAGCUCCCUCAGCCGAAGUCGUUACUCGACACGAAACCUAGGGUGCCGGUGGACGUGAAACCGAGGACGCCCCAAGGAGAUACGAAACCAAAAAUGCCGUCGGAUACGAAAGCAAGGUUCACUCCUGAGGUGAAGGCAAGGGGAAGCGAUGCCAGAGCUAGUAUGCCGAGAUUGGACCGUACCCCGAGGGAAAAGGAAACGGCGAGUCCUCCAGUUCUGAGUAGAGAAUCAAGUGGAGCAAAUUUACACAAAGCUCUGUUUCUUCCAGGAGGUCUAGAAGAUGAUACGGAAGUCGGGUACUAUGUGAAGGGCCAGAAAUCUUUAGCUGGAGUGAAGAAAGGUGCAGGAAUAUUGUGCAGCUGUUGUCAACAAGUGAUUAGUUGCUCCUUAUUCGAGCAGCAUGCCGGAUGGGGAUCUCGAAGAAACCCGUACACUAGCAUAUAUCUGGCAGAUGGUCGGUCUCUUCACGAUGCUGCCCAGUCUCUGGUAGUGGAACAGAACGUGAAGCAGGAAGGCGUCACUCCUGCCAAGAUUGAGCAUUUGGAUCAGUGUGUCGAGUGCGGGGACAGUGGGGAUCUUCAGUUGUGCACGGGGUGUCCAAAUGCAUACCAUCAAGAUUGUUUGGGUUCAACGGAUUCGUCUUCGUUCGGGGAGUUUUUCUGUCCCGACUGUCAAGAGCAACGAUUCGGUGGGACAAAGGACCGGCGGCGGUCAAUGACGAAACGCCGUUCUAAGGGAGCUGCCAAGACUCUACUUACAAAGGAUCGCAUGAUUGGGCGGUGCUCACGGCUGUUGCAAGUUCCUGAAGCGAUUGUUCUGGGUGGUUGUGUGUUUUGCAAAUCGGGGGACUUUGCGAAAACAGGAUUUGGACCUAAAACAACUUUACUCUGUGAUCAGUGCGAGCGGGAGUAUCAUGUCGGGUGCUUGAAGAAGCAUGGUCUUGAAGAUCUUAAGGAGCUGCCAGAGGGCGAGUGGUUCUGUGGACAAGACUGCAAGCAUAUUCACAGCAUAUUAAGCUUACUUGUGUCGAAUGGACCCGAGCCGUUGGCUGAUAGCAUCAUCAGCAAAGUGUUGAGAACUAACCAGGCUCGACUAGAGAGAUCGGAGGAUGCAACAGAGUCUAGCUGCUCAGGUUUCGAAUGGCAACUGCUGCAUGGUAGGGGUGGAGACCCGUCGAAUGGUAAAGCACUGGCAGAAGCAGUACAAAUAUUUUCGGAAUGCUUUGAUCCCAUUGCGGAUGGUGUGUCAGGAGGGGAUUUGAUUCCUCUUAUGGUGUACAGGCGAAGCUUACGAGAUCAGGAUUUUGGAGGCAUUUACUGCGUCGUCUUGAAGUACGACAAUAGGGUGGUGUCGACGGCUCUCAUCCGCGUGUUUGGGAGGCAGCUUGCAGAACUUCCACUGUUGGCAACCAACCCCUCACAUCAAGGCCAGGGCCACUGCAAAGCGCUGCUAUUGUCGAUCGAGAGAUUGUUAGGUGUGCUUCGGGUGGAGCGGUUGGCACUUCCUGCAGCAGAGGGUGCGGAGGGUAUCUGGCUUAACAAAUUUGGGUUCAGGCGCAUGGCGGAAGGGCAGGUGAAGCAGUUUCACUCAGACCUAAACAUGAUGGUUUUCACGGGGUCGUUCAUGCUGGAGAAAGAGAUACCCCCAUUGGAGAUUACAGGUAGUAGGAAGACGUAGGUGGUGGAUUAUGAAGGUAAGAUUGCAUUUAUUUUUAGGUCAGGUUUGGACCGCAAUGCCUUCGGCGGAAAUGAAUCUCAACGAGGAAUUAACAAACUGAGUGCGUAUGUUGUCCGUAAUCGACGUCAUGCCUGACUACUGUGAUGGCUGCCAUGAUACCAUUUACUGUACAGAUCCUUUAAUAGAAUGGUACCGGCUCCAGGUUCGAAAUGAGCUGGCUGGUCUUGGCGGUGUAAACCGACAUUGUUGGUUGGUUACGCUAUACGGAAGAUGAUCACACUGCUUGUCGCAUGAGAUCAGUGGUCUUGCAGUGUCAGGGUGCGCCGCUGGGCUGCUCUCUUAUUCGUUUGGUUAAGACUAAGCGGGUUUCAGGGUGUCCACUCGCAUCGAGCUGAAAUCCAGUAAAUGCACAAGGAUCAUCUCAAAUGAGACCUUUGGAGUCAACACGGGUGCCACUCUGCCACUAAGGAUGUCUUCGACUGACAGUCUGGACUCUUUUGUGGUUCCCUACCUUAUUCUUGGGUUUCGAUGUAUUGAUCAGCUGUCGCUAUCUUGUACCUCUCUGCUGUAGAGAGUAAGUGUCUUGUUUAUGCAUAAUUGAUGAACAGACUGAAAAGAGAAUGCUGCAAGUGAUUAAAUACUGGUCUUCUUGACCUUAUCAGGUCACACUUAAGGCAUACAAGUGUAAAAUAGUGCUAAAAGCUCGUAUUGAGUAGCCAAAGCUUUGCUUAGUAAUGGCCCCAUACCAGAUGGAUGAGCAUCAGACUGUUCUGUAUGAAUGCCACCUCAGGAGACCUACUUAAGCGGGUCAUAGGGGUCCGUUUGGAGUCUUGCACUUGGGCUGGGCUCUGAGGACCAAUAUGCCUAUGAUUAUCAGCUGUUACCUGUUAA